GUCUCUACAGAACCGUGCUUUACUGAAGUAAAACCUUUUCUUGGCAGAUCAAUUUCAUUUCUCAAAUAUGGGAGAGUUAGCGGCGGAGAAGCAUGCCAAUUACAUUGUAUCAGUGGAAAAGAAAAAAGGGUCAUUUGAAUCUGUGGUGAUUGAGCAUUUGAGAAUGAAUGGAGCAUAUUGGGGGCUCACCACUCUUGACUUAUUGGGAAAGCUUCAUGUUUUGGAUGUUGAUCAAAUUAUUUCAUGGCUCAUAAGUUGUCAACAUGAGUCAGGUGGUUUUGGUGGUAACAUUGGGCAUGAUCCACAUGUAAUGUAUACCCUAAGUGUUGUGCAAGUUUUAGCCCUCUUUGACAAGCUUGAUGUUCUAGACAUUGAGAAGGUGUCAAAUUAUGUUGCUGGGCUGCAAAAUGAAGAUGGAUCAUUUUCCAGGGAUGAAUGGGGUGAAGUUGAUACAAGAUUCUCCUAUAUUGCAAUAUGCUGCCUUGCAUUGGUGCAUCAGUUGAAUAAAAUUAAUGUUGAGAAGGCUGUGAAGUAUAUAGUUAGUUGCAAAAACCUGGAUGGUGGAUUUGGAUGUACACCGGGUGGAAAGUCUCAUGCUGGGCAAAGGUCUCUGCAUCAUAUCGACAAAGACCUUCUCGGGUGGUGGUUGUGUGAGCGGCAAGUCAAAUCUGGAGGUCUUAAUGGGCGCCCAGAGACACUUCCAGAUGUCUGCUAUUCAUGGUGGGUCCUUUCUAGCCUGAUCAUGAUUAACGGAGUACAUUGGAUUAACAAGGAAAAACUUGUGAAGUUCAUCUUAGACUGCUAG